AUGAACAGCUCGGAAGAAAUGGCAAGUUCCUCUGGCUCCUGGCUCUCUGGAGGCCUCAUCACACUGCUCUUCCUUCAACUGCCGGUGCAGGGGUCAGGUAGGAGCGACGCCAGCAAGUUCCACGUCGCCCCACUAGGGGGCACAGCCGAGCUACUCUGCCCACUCUCGCUCUGGCCCGCCAUAGUGCCCACCGAGGUGAAGUGGCUGCGGUCCCCACACCCCCAGCUGUCCCAGGCUGUUCACGUGUUCCGGAAUGGGAAAGACUGGGAUGAAGGUGUGAUGCCGGAAUAUAAAGGGAGGACUGCGCUGGUGAGAGACGCCCGAGAGGGAAAUGUCAUUCUGAAGAUCCGCGACAUCCGCCUUGAGGACAGAGGGCAGUACCGUUGUCAGGUCCAGAUCGGAAAUCUGAGUCGAGAGGGCAACGUGACCCUGCAAGUUGCAGGCCUGUCUUCAGGGAGCAUCUCUUCCUCCACAGUGGCUCUUGCUGUGGUUCUGCCUAUCCUGGGCCUUCUCAUCAUGGCAGGCCUUUGCCUCAUCUGGAAGCAAAGAAGAUCAAAAGAGAAGCUUCUUUAUGAACAGGUGAUGGAGGUAGAAAAUCUUCUCUCCAAUCAUGCUAAAGAAAAAGGAAGACUUCACAGUGCACUCAAGCAACACCGGAGUGAACUGAAGUUAAAAAGAGCGGCAGCAAACUCAGGCUGGAGAAGAGCCCGUCUUCACUUCUUGGCUGUGACCCUGGAUCCUGACACAGCGCAUCCAAAACUCAUCCUGUCUGAGGACCUGAGAUGUGUGAGGCUCGGAGACAGAAGGCAACCUGUGCCGGACAACCCACAGAGAUUUGAUUUUGUCGUCAGCGUCCUGGGCUCCGAGUCCUUCACGACCGGCUGUCAUUACUGGGAGGUGUAUGUGGGCGAUAAAACCAAGUGGAUCCUUGGGGUGUGUAGUGAGUCAGUGAGCAGGAAGGGGAAGGUCACUGCCUCGCCCUCCAACGGACACUGGCUUGUGCGGCAGAGUCAUGGGAAUCAGUAUGAAGCUCUCACAUCCCCGCAGACCUCUUUCCGCCUGAAAGAGGCACCACAGUGCGUGGGGAUUUUCCUGGACUACGAAGCAGGAGUGCUCUCCUUCUUCAACGUGACUGACAAAUCUCACAUGUUUACUUUCACCCACAGUUUCUCUGGCCCUCUUCGCCCUUUCUUUGAACCUUGCCUUCAUGACGAAGGGAAAAACAUAGCACCUCUCGUCAUAUGUUCAGAACUCCAGGAAGCUGAGCAACCAAAAGGAAAAAGCCAUGCUAAUGGAGACGUGUCCCUAAAGGUGGACUCUUCCUUACUCUCCCCCCAGGCACCAGAGCAUUCAACACUCAGAGAUAUGAUGCUGUCCUGGCCCUCUGACCUGCGUCCCGCUCUUCAGGGGUUCAGGGCACCUUCCUUUUAG